UGGACCGGAUAUAUUUAUCUUUGGGUGCAAAUUGAAUGUGGAGCAUACCCUAACCAUUUCCACUCCAAUUCUCAGUCCCAAUGUCCUCUUCUUCUCUCUCAACCCCUUUCAUCCACCAUUCUUCAACUCUCCGCCAUGGAACCAACCCUUUUCCUUUCCCUCACGCCACUUCCACUCCCAAACCCCGAUUCUUCAAGCCCUUUUCCGCAAAGUGCUCUCUCGACCACAUCCCCAAGCAGUUCAGAGAGGAAAAUCUCAAAGAUGGAUUGAUGGACAACUACAAGAAUGUUCCCGAGUUUCUAUAUGGUCUUACUCCAUCACAAAUGGACAUGUUCAUGUCUUCAAACAAUCCUAUCCACCAGAUGUCUCAAAGAGUUACAGAGGAAAGCAUUUCAUCUGCCAAAAGUUAUUUGGAUCAUAGUGGAAUGGGUAGAAUAUCUAGCAUGGACAUUAAUGGCUCUUCAAGGACCAGCAUGAGUGUAAGUAUGUAUAGAGGAGGUGGUAGGGGGGGAAGGCGUAGGAGGGGUCCACCGGAUUUGCCUUCAAUACUCUUGGAUGCUCGAAUAUGUUAUCUGGGUAUGCCGAUUGUACCAGCUGUGACAGAACUUAUUCUGGGUCAACUUAUGUGGUUGGAUUAUGAUAACCCUGGGAAACCUGUUUACUUAUAUAUUAAUUCAUCUGGGAGUCAGAAUGAGAAGAAUGAGACCGUGGGAUCAGAAACGGAUGCUUAUUCCAUAGCUGAUGCGCUUUCUUUUGUUAAAUCUGAUAUCUAUACCGUGAAUUUGGCCUUGGCGCUUGGCCAAGCAGCAAUGCUUCUGUCUCUUGGAAAAAAGGGUCAUCGUGCUGUCUUGCCACAUUCGACCACAAAAAUAUAUCUCCCAAAAGCCCACAGAUCAAGUGGUUCUGUCUCAGAUAUGUGGAUUCAGGCAAAAGAGCUGCAGACAACUGCUGACUAUUACGUUGAGCUGUUGGCAAAAGGAACAGGGAAGCCAGAGGAAGAAAUUGCCAAAGACCUCCAGUGGACUAAAUAUUUCCAAGCACAGGGUGCCAUAGACUACGGAAUUGCUGACAAAAUAAUGAACUCAAUGGACGGAGAGGGAUAUAAGAAGCGGGAUCUUAAUGAAAUGCUUGCUACAAGAGCACUUAAGAGAGGUGGCGGAUACCCUCAAGCUGCUCCUUCGGGACGUUAGUUUCGAAGAGUACUACUAGGUUGAAGGGUGGGUAUGCCUACAACCAAGCGACCUCUCAGGAAACUGGCCAAUGUGAUGAACUUUGAUGGGUGCAUUAAAACAUUCUAUACACCUUUGUUUAA